AUGAAUGAGCCAACUACAUCUGCUACCCAUUAUGAGAUCCUCGGGGUUGAUAGGAAUGCCACGGAAGCAGAGAUCAAAAAGGCCUUCAAGAGGUGUGCUUUGAAGUGCCAUCCAGAUAAGAACAAGUCUUCCAGUGCACAUGAGCUGUUUAAGAAAGCGGUGGAGGCCCACUCGGUUUUGACGGACGGCAGGAAACGUACCAAGUACGACAGUGAGCUCGAGACGACGAUGAAUGUCAACAGGCCUGGGCCGUCUGGUUCAAGAUCAACAACAUCAGCGACAACGUCAGCGACAAGCUCUCCUUCCAACGUGCCAAGGCAUGAUCCUUUCUCCAGACCUGAAAGUAGAACCCACCAACAGUCACACUAUGACGGUUCGUCGUCAAAUGAUCACGGACACUCACGGUUCUCCACGUCCCAUAGCUUUGACCCAAGUACACGGUUCACCAAGACCUCCACAGCGUCAUACUUUUACUCAGACACGGGUAAUAGCCGUGGUGGGCUAUCCACGGCUCACUUGCACACCCAAACAAGAAAAAGGCAAACUGACACUGACGCUGACACAGCUCAUUCAACGACGUAUACUUUUGCAUUUGGAGGACCCUCCACUGGCGCAGCUACUGAGAGAGCGUAUACGUCCACUCAGCCGUCGCAAGACAAUGAAUAUAUGAGAGCUUAUCCCUCGUGGGAACGACAGAACAUGAGUUUCAAAAAUGGUGAAUGGGGCUCAUCAUCUGCGUCGGCUCCAGGUGACUCCAAGCAGCAUCAACAGAGUGAGGAAUUGAAAUCUUCCAAGAGGAAACGUGCUGAAAGCUCUUAUAUGACGGAUACAAGAGCACAAAAGGGAACACCAAGUGCUCAAGCAAACGUUCCACCACAACAUGUCCAGACACAGAAUACUGAGGUUCCGGUAUCGAGGGCUAAAGCAGCCCGAGCUUCCCAGACAAGAGCUACACAUGCUCACGCAGCCAGGGUACAAGCUGCUAGGGCUCAAGCAAAGGAGUUCCCUACUCGAAGCCAUAUUCAGCAACAGAACUAUUUUGAUCUUCCAGCCCAGCCCCAGACAUCCCAGAAUCAGGCAACUUCAGGUGUGAGAGCUACAUCUGCCGAUGUCCCCAUUGGGACUUUCAAUACAAGACCAUUCCCAGCUACACGUUCAUCUGGUGCCGAUGCUCCUACUAGACCGUCAAGUCGUGUCUUCAAUCAAUACAAAAGUGCGAGUGGUCGUCCAUCUCGUACUGCAAUGGAGGAUAAGGAAAAGGUGGAUUUUUCAUCAAGCUAUGAACAUAAGGCCAAUUGGAAUGCAAGGUCAACAUAUUCACAGUCUUCAAACACCCCCAAGGGGAAUGUUUCGAAUAACUUUAAACCAGAUGUCUACGAUUUGGAUCAAGAGGAUUUAUCGAGCUUAUCAUCAAUUGAGGAGUACGAGUAUGAAGCCUCUUUCAAUGGGAAGAGAAGCGAAUUUAGUAAUGGAUCAAAAAGAGCAUUUGAGAGCUCUGCUGCUAAUAAUUCCGAUGAAGCUUUAACAGUGGAUGAUUUAGAUAGUCUCUACGAUUCUGAUAGCAUGGGAAUCAAAGAGCCAGGGGAUCACCCCGUAUACACUUCAGAUAAUUUCAUUGAUCUGGAUGAUGAUGAUGACGAUGAACCAACACUCUCUGUCCAUACUUUGACAGCUAAUCCAAAUCAACCAAUUGCUGUGGAUGACUCUGACACUCCGAAUCCUGUAACAGAACCAUCUGUUGGAUCCAGAGAAGGGUUCACAGGUGAAGAUUUGAAUGGAAAACGGAGAAAAAUGGAGUCCACUGCAGGAAAUGGCAAUAACCAGGAUAAUACAUUUGAUCUUGAUAAUCUAGAAUCACCUCUCAAGGCCACCAAUGAAAUCAAACUGGAAGAUCUGGGAGAUACUUUGAAAAGGACCUUGAGUGAAAAUGGGCCUCGUACUCGAAUCUUUACCAAAACUGACCUGUUACUCAGCGAUUCAGACGAGCAGGAUAACGACGACGAGGAUACCUCGAUAUGUUCACCACCUUCUCCCUUUGGCCAGGCACCAAGAGACAUCAACGAUCUAGUUGGAUUUGCCGGGAGAUAUGGAGAAUAUCUGGAGUACAGUCUUAACCAUCUACAAGUCCUGCGUCGUGAACAGGCUCAGAGGGAAACCAUCAUCACGCAGAACUACAGAGACUUGAUCCAACCUGUGAAUAGAGACCUGCUUGAGAUGGCACUGAAGAAGAAUAUGGACACCUCUCGAGAGUCGAAAUCGCUAGAACAGAAGAUGAAAGAAGCAGUGGUCAAGUUCAGAACUUGUGUCGAUGAAUUCAAGGGCGAAAGGGACUAAAUGGAAACUAAGAAAGUCGCUAUAUCAUCCAAAUGUAACGGUUUACUUUAAUGAAAAUAAUGAUGAUAUCAUAGAGGAACACCAGCAGAAAUGAAUAUGACUGUGGUUUGCAAUUGGAGCGUAGCUAUUGGCCCAGUGCGAUGGUGGAGCGUAUAGCCAGGC